CAUACUGAAGCAAUUUUAAAACAAAGUCUGACAACCCCAACUAGGUGAAUGAAGGAAUUUCAAGAAAUAGAAAGAAGUCGCUAAUUUAUGCGAGACGGCGUCUUUAUUUUGAGAUUUCAAUUGCUUAACUUUUACGUGAUAGUUUCGAAAUAUUACGUGCGCCCUUGGAUGUAUGUUGAAUCGUUCUGUGCGGACCAAAUUUGAAAAGAAAUUCUAGUAACUUAGUAUUCGUGGUUUGCUAUCAAUAUGGGUGAUCAACAAUUCUUCCUGAAAUGGAACGAUUUCCAGACUAACAUGGUGACAUCAUUCAGACAUUUGAGGGACGAGAAAAGUUUUACAGACGUGACGCUCGCGUGCGAGGGCCAAACGUGUAAGGCGCAUAAAAUGGUCCUCUCAGCGUGUAGUCCUUAUUUUAAAAGUUUACUAGAGGAGAAUCCAUCAAAGCACCCGAUAAUAAUCCUGAAGGAUGUAUCGUACCUGCACUUGCAGGCGAUCCUGGAGUUCAUGUACGCGGGCGAGGUGAAUGUGUCGCAGGAACAGCUGCCCGCCUUCCUCAAGACUGCCGCUAGACUUAAGGUAAAAGGACUGGCCGAGCCGCCGCCACAGAUGCCGAGCAUCAAGCGAGAAGGCUAACAUCCGAGUGCACAAGUGCCCUAAAGACUAUAGUGAACUUGCAACACCAAUGUAACAUAACAAUACCUAACCGUCACACUAGUACGCACCCAUUACAGUGAACACCGGACACGUGAGGAGAAACAUAUGACAACACUUAUGUGUGUAACAAUUUUGCAUAUAGCAAUACUGGUUUUAUGUUGGUAUUGAUUUGAGUCCCUUGAAAAAUCCAAUGAUAUAUUAUAAAUUCUGACUGAUUUGUUUGAAUAUUUUUCUGAUGUAUGCAGAUUUUAAACAUAUAGUUAAUUACCAAUUAUUGGUUAUGAAAAAGUCUCCUCACGUCGACCGAAAUAAAACCAAGGGUUAUAUUAUUCGAGACACCAAAUACAUUAUUUUGAAAACUGAAUUGCUGCUUACUAAUUAUCGAAUUCGUGUGCAGUGCUGAGGAUGUGGCAAAUCGUAAGUAACUUUUCAUUUGGCGAUAAUCUGUAGUAGAUAACACAUUUAUUUAUAUAGAUAAAAAAUUGUUGGCGAAUACAGUGAAAGUAUACUUACAUAAAUAAAUAUUUAUUUGCCUUACGCUAUUGACGCUUUAUCGAUAAUAUCGUUAUAUAAUCGAUUAUUAUGAUCGAUAGUGCGAUAUCACAAUAGGAUUUACCCUAAUCCUUACACUCAGCAAAGUGAUUUAUGAUUUGCCACAGUAAUCAUAUUAAGAUGUAAACAGAAUGUUCAGUAACAAUAAAACAGUUGUCGUUGAUGUGAUGGCACACAUUGUAAUGCCCAUAAUUAACACUUGAUUCCAUAAGUUACCUAACAACCAAAGUUAUCAAAUUAGAAUUUUAAACUCAAGCCAAAUCUUCAUGUCCAACGGUGUUACAAGCAUAUGUGGUAGGUUUAAGAGAAGUCAAUUACUUACGGAUCAGUCAAACUUGUUUAUGGUAUUGUGUUUGUAAAACUUUUUUUUAGAUAUUUUUAUGUGUAUCAAUUAUAAUAGUAAGUAUAUUAAAACAAGUACUUUUUUUAAACAAUAACUUAGUAUGUCGUUACAUAAUUAAAGUGUUUUAUUUGAUAAAUAUAUGUCGAUAAACUUGCCCAUCUCUAGCUUUGUGACGGAAAAAAAAUCGUCUCUGUUCGUAGUGUGUCAUUGUUCAUCCUUUGAAGGAUAUAAAAAUAAUAUGUAUUACUUCUUUCUAAGUUAUUUGAUAUACUAAAUACCUAUUGUAGUAUGGGUUUUUUUACUUCUGGCAAUUUUGUAUCACCGUUGGACACAACACAAGCUAUGUAUUACAUCUGUACCGUCACAUCAAUGCUUAUUAGUAUCUAUCCACCAAUGGUUGCCUUACAGUUAUGAUACAGAAAUUUGUAUGUCGAUUUUGUGUGAAAAUAAUAAAAUUUUACAUAACUGAUAUAGUAUUUUUGUAAGGCUGUACAUGAGCUAUAGUUUAAAAUUGUUUCGAUAUUUUUUAACGCAAAAUACGAAUUUCUUUUUCAUUUUUGAGUUAUGGAAAUACGUUUAAUGUAGGGAUGUGUAAGUUUGUGUUCGAUAGGCCUAGGUCUAUCAAUGUUUUAAUCGAUAUGUUAAAUCGAUUAAGCUUUUCCAAAGAAUGCUGUUAAGGGCAUGUUAGUGGUUGUCGAGGGUUGCUCAAUUUCUAUCACUCGUCGAACUAUCUGGAUCACGCUUUACUUAACACGUAACUAGAUAUUUUGAAUUCUAUAUUAACGCGAACUUUCUAUCGUAUUAAAAUCAUGUCGACAUACAAAUUUGGUACGCCAAAAUAGUGUGAAACUGCUUAUAGUUGUUAGGUGAUUGUUGAAUUGAUUUCCUUGUAUAUUAUAUAUCUAUAUGUAUAUCUUUACCGACUCUUAUGCUAUUAUCGCUAGUUAUGAUUUGUCGAGAUUUUCUAAUGGUAUUUCUAUUUACUUCAAUCCGAAUUCAAUAUUAUUUGUAAAUAUAAAUUAGAAAAUGCUUGAAAAAUGUUUGUGUGCAUAAUAUUAUGAAUUUAAGGCAUGGAAUGGCAGGAAAUUGUUGAAAGUUUUGCAUUAAUUUGUGGGUUUUGUCUUUUGGAAAGAUUAUCAUUUAUUAGUCUUAGGAAUUAAAAUUGUGGAAGGUCUUAGUUAUUAUAAUACUAGUUAAAGUAUAAAGUAAAUUUGCGAUAGGGUUACGGUCUAUAAAUUGCUAGCUAUUUUUGUAGAUAGUUUAUAUAAUAGUGUAGCUUGUUGCUUUUAAAUAAAUCGAUAAAAACUCUUCAUGAAUAUGGAAUUUUAGUUCGAUUAUAAAAAAUAUCGAUAAAAUCUCGACGAAUCAUAACGAGUACUUAGCUUCGAUGGAUUGUAUUGCGAAUUCUCACAAGCGUAAAGCAAUAUUAGUGUGCAACAUUUGUAAUAUUGGCACUUGAAAUUUUCGACUAAAAUCUCAAAAUUAGUUUUUAAAAUUUUGUAUCCAAUUUGUCUAGUACAAAAACAAAAAUGAUUAAUGUGUUCCAUUUAUGUGUUUUUAUUUUUUUCUUUAAGCAGUUAUUUUUAAGCGGGAAAAUGAACACAGUUUAUAGUUUUUUUUUUAUUGUAACUUGACACAAGAUUUUAGCUGCAAUACCUUAGGUAUUUAAUCCUACUAUUACUUGCCUUGUUUUCUCGCUUUUUUUUAAAUUAAAUUGCGUAAUAUUUAUUUCAAUAUUGACGCGACUUUUAUCUUGUGUCGAUAAUUAUUUUCAGUAAAUUAAAUAGGUGCAAUAUCGAUAAUCAUUUUGCAAAAGGUAUAUCGAUAUGUGAAAAUAUUUGCCAAUUCGCGAACCACAUCGUAUGUUUUACUUAGUGUUAUGUUUUAGUUAAGUAUUCAGCACAAGUUUUUUUUUAAUCUUCUCGUUGCUUUUACAUAAAAUGACUUAUUUUGCUUUUAGUUUUGAGUAAUACUUGAAUGUGGAGAUACUUUGUAUUAGACAAAAUGACGUGAAAAUCGCCGACAUAAUCCAAAUUUUCUAUAAUUUUCUCAUUUUUUGACUGAGCCAAUUAUAGAAAUAAUGCUUAUUAAAAUUCACAUUUUAAUACAAUCCAAAUAUAUAUUGUUUGCAUUUCCAGUAUUACCAAAAACUUAUACGAGGGGUUGUUUAAAAUUAACGUGGUUAUUUAUCAAUAAACAGUUGUUAUAAUAAAAUAGAUAUUUACCUAUAUAUGCAAUAUGCACCUUCCUUGUUAUACGAAAUAUAUAAUUUUAACUAAAUAUAAUAAAAUGCUAUAGAAAUAUUUAUUACAACCAAAUUAAUUUUGAAAACCCUUGUAUAUCGCAUUUUUACUGCCUUCAGUUCUAUUCUUCUAAACACAAUGCGUAAGGAUUAUACUUGGACAGAAUAGGGAGCGUUGAAGAAAUUGACGUUUUUUUUUUAAUAUCGAUAAUUUCAUUCACAAAUCGAUAUUUUUAUUUACGUAUCGAUAUUUUUAGGUUAUAUACUGUAUAUUUGUAGCUCCUAUGAGCUCUUAUUUGUACGCCUUUUACAAGCAAUACAUAUGAAGUUUGCAGAUGCUCAAAAACAAACCAUUAUUAAAAUAGAUUGUUGCAAAUGCAUUCUAUUUAGAAUUUCAAUGUACAAGGCUUCAUGCUGAUAUUUACUUUUAUAACGUAAUGCUCAAAAUUCUGUCUAAGAAUAACUUUUCGUGAUUAAUUGUUGCAAUAUAAAAGUUAUAGGGGGUGUAUAAAAAUGUAAAUGUAAUAUUUUUAGAUCCAGUUGUGUAAUGUGCUGAAUAAUCACGUCGGUAACUAGUUUUAAUGAUUGAAAUUAUGAAAGAAUUUGUAAUUUUUAGAUAAUACAGAUAUUAAUUACAAUA